AGGAACACACACACACACAGGUCUACUUUGUUCAGAUCACAUUCCACCUUUCACACACAUUCUGCAUCAGAUAGCAGGAGAGUCCGAGACCUUAUGGAAGUAGAAGGAAACCGUCACGCGAGUUCCAGCUGCCAGAACGGCAUCGCAGGGAAAAACCCAUCUCCAGGCACGAAGCAGAAAGAGGAGAAGAUCCAGAAAAGUGCUCAGGAGGAACCAGGAGAAAAUCUCCUCUCCAUAGAGGAUGAGGCUCUGCAUGAGGACGACGUGUUGUGCGAUUCGUGUAUCGAAAGUCCGUGCAAAGCCAAGAAGUCGUGUCUGACGUGCCUGGUGGCGUACUGCGAGGAACAUCUGAGACCUCACCUGGAAAAGGAGAAGUUUCAGAGCCACAGGCUGGUGGAGCCGCUGAAGGACCUGGAGAUACGCAUGUGUGAGAAGCACAACUGUCCACUGGAGCUGUACUGCUGCGUCGAAACUUGCUGUGUGUGUCGGGAGUGUGUGUCCGAGCAACACCAGGGACAUGGGACACUGUCCAUCACGGGGGCGCGCCGGAAAAUCGAGAAAGAGCUCCAGGAGAAACAGGAGGAGCUGGUGAAGACGGUGACAUCAGCUGAGAGCUCCAUCAACAAACUGCAGAGCUGCAUUCUCUCCGUAGAGGCGUGUGUGUGCGAGGUGCGUGCAGUCGUCCAACAGCAGGUGAGCGAUCUUCAGGCAGCGGUGGAGGAGGUGAGGGCGGAGCUCACUAAGGUGCUGGAGGCGGAGCAGAAGCAGACCCUGGGGCAGGUGGGCGGAGCCCGGGUGUCUGUGGAGCAGCGUUGUGAAGAGCUGAAAAGGGAGCACACACACCUGGACAAACUCAGCAAGACCAAGAACAGCAUAGACUUCCUGCAGGAAUACUCUGAGUGGAAGAAGACGAGCUCGGGCGUGUCUCUGCCUGAUGUGUGUAUCAUUCAGACGGAUCGUCUGCAGUCUUUCAGCCGCAUCAUCACACACACCACACAGGAGCUGUGCGACACACUGCUCACCACAUACCGCUUCUCGCUUAAGGAGUUCUACACCAGCUGUGAUAAGAAACCGGAUCGGCCCAAAGUUCUCCCGCUGGCUCCUGGACCGCAGAACAUCACACUGACUGAGCCGCAGAGCAGAGACGACUUCCUCACAUACGCGUCUCCGUUGACGUUCGACGGCGACACGGUGCACCAGUUCCUGCGCGUGACCGAGGGCGGCAGGAAGCUGACCAACACCACGCCCUGGCAGCACGGCUACCCGGAGCACCCCGAGCGCUUCGAGCAAUGGAAGCAGGCCUUGGCGAUGCAGAGCUUCUCCUCAGGGCGCCAUUACUUUGAGGCUGACCUGAGUGGUGCAGGGGUCCACGUGGGCGUGACGUAUGUAGGGAUCCCACGCCGGAGCGACCAAGACGACGCGAGCCUCACGGGCAGCAGCCUCUCCUGGUGUGUUGAGUGGACUGGGCGUGGCUUCUCAGCCUGGCACGGUGGCGUGGAAACCCCUCUGAACGCCCCCAAGGCCAGGAGGGUGGGUGUGUACGUGGAUUUUGGGCGUGGCACCGUGGCGUUUUACGUUGUGUACGGAGAAGCAGAAGGAGAGAUGGAGCUGCUGCACCGGUACGAGGCGGAGCUGAGAGAGCCGCUCUUCCCCGCCGUGUUCCUCCCGAAGAAGGAGAACAUCGUGGUGCUGGUGGAACCGGGAGAGGAGCUUUCCCUCAAGAGCCCCUCACCUCCAUGUUCUCCACCCUGACACACACCUCCUCCCUCUGUCUCUGUUAUUCUCAUCAUUACCGAACUGUUACGUUAAAGACUGGAGCCCCGCCCUCGCCUUUACAUCUACAUCAUAAAACCUUCUGAGCCACACACACACUAUUAACACCUUCCUGUGUCAAUAAACUAGUGUUUAUCAUGAAA